CUACAGUUACUAUAAACCGUAAAGCCGCGUCCAGACUAUGCCGAUCGACUAUCGACAAAGUCGAUCGACACGUUCGAUAUUUGACUUGUCCACAUACCUCUGUAAAUGUGGACUAGUCGGGCGACACACGCCGGUGUAAAGUGAAUUUAAAUUAAAGUUAAUGAAUAAAUGAGUGACUCGGAAGACGCUGCAGUGGCGGCUGCUGCAAUUAUCAUUGCAGUUACAGGAAGUCAACAUGAUCGCCGUCGUCGUCGCCGCCCAAGGAGGUGUUGGGUAUUUAAGUGGAAGCGCUCUAUGAGGAUGAAACUGUUUUAUAAUCGACGACAUUUUAAAAGGAUAUUCAUAGGAACACUCUUCGUCAUCCUAGCCAUCUUCUUUUUCGUAUUUAUUAUUGUUCCUGUGAUUUUCCGCUACUCAUACAGUUUACAAAGAAGUCUACUUUUCCUCAAUUUUGGAAUUUGGAAGAUGGUGAUUUGGCCAGGGGAUAUGCCAAUCCAAGCAAUGACCCAAUCUGUUCGCCACCUCAACCGAUUCAACGAUGUGACCAGGGAGAGCGUGGGUGACUGCUCAGAUUUGGGGCCUCUGGAUGCGACAGUGUUGAUUGGAGGGGGUAAUGACAUUGCCAGAAAUGAUGCCAAAGGUUUCAUAUCAGUCCUGCGUAGGAGGCUGGCUGAUUUAAGACACAUCAGAUUUGGCUUCCGAAAAGGCCUCUCAACCACACAUGCUCUUAUAAAACUGGUUGAAGAAAUUCUUGACUGCUUUGAAGAUAAAUCCUCUGCCGCUGUCUCUUUCUGUGACCUCAGUCGUGCAUUCGAUUGUGUGUCACAUGAUAUCCUCCUGGCGAAAUUGAAACACCUUCAUGUUGAGGGACCUGCUCUUGAGCUACUUUCUUCCUAUUUGCGAGGCAGAGUGCAGUACGUCUCCGUGAAUGGUGACAACUCUCGCGUUUUGCCUGUGGAGUGUGGUGUGCCUCAGGGGUCUGUAUUGGGUCCAGUGCUUUUUCUGAUCAUGAUUGAUGAUCUUAGCAUAAAUGUCCCAACAAAAAUCUUCAUGUAUGCCGAUGAUACCACAGUUCUUAAUAAGCAUAAAAAUGAUGCUCAAGCUGUUGCACUGUCGGAGAGGAAUCUGGAGUCGGUCCAAACUUGGUUGAAUGCCAACGAACUGUUCCUCAACAAAGCCAAAACCACAACAUCCCUCGAAUGUUGCAAUGAAGGUGUGAAAUUAGGCGUAUGGCACAUUCUGCCUUCGUCCAAACUGCCUGGACUAGUGGUGGACUCGGGCAUUCUGAAUAGAGGAACAACUGAUGAGCUGUACAACAGCUACCUUGCAGAAGGCCAGCCUAUAUUCAUCUACCAUCACGGCAAUGCUGGAAACAGAGCCAGCAAGCAUCGCCUUGAAUUGUAUAAAUUACUACAGAAGAACAACUAUCAUAUUGUUGCAUUCGACUAUAGAAGCUACGGAGACUCGUCUGCUGUUGAUCCCGAUGAAACGGGUGUCGUUUCAGAUGCGAAAGCUGUUUACAAAUGGGUCCGGUCAUUGGCUCCCAAUUCCAAUGUUUUCCUUUGGGGCCACUCUCUUGGAACCGGGGUAGCCUCACAUUCUAUCCAUGAUUUGGAAGCAGAAGGCAAUAAAAUAACGGGUCUCAUUCUUGAAGCACCGUUCACGAAUCUUCAAGAAGAAAUUCGCGACUAUCCAAUGUCUCGAAUGUUCAAGCCUUUACCUUGGUUCGACUUCUUCUUCGUGGAUCCCACUUACGAUAAUGGAUUGAGGUUUCAGUCAGAUGUCUACCUUUUGAAUGUCACCGCUCCCAUUAUGAUUUUACAUGCUGAGGACGACAAUGUUGUGCCUGUUCAUCAAGGCAUCAAUCUGUACCAAAGGGUAAAAUCAGCAAGAGGUGAAAAUGGUGUUCCGAUCAAGUUUGUGAAGUUCGCUAAAAGCCAAGGAUAUGGCCAUGACCAUAUUUCUCGAGACAAAGGACUAACGAAUAUUAUAUCGUAAGUAGUACAAUAUAUAAUUAUUAGUAGUAUAAUUAUUCCAUAUUAGACUUUGAAAAUUGCACUAAGCCCAGGAAAUUCAGUGACUCCAAACAAUAACACAGUAACGAUGGAACUAUACUGUGAAUAAAAAAAUUGAGACCUGAGCCACCAGCCGAUAAUAUUGGCGUUGCUAGAUUGUUUGAAACUGUGACUUUCUCAAAUUUCGAAUUUUUGCUUUUGGCUUAUAUGAUAUUGAAGUUAAAUAUCUUUUAUAGUUCUUCCUGACUAUUUUGGGGUAGGCCCUACUACUUAAUCUCAAUGAACUGAUGGUAUAUCUUAAUUUUGAACUGAUUGAUUAAUCUCUAUUUUAUUUAUGAUUAAUAUUAUUGUUAAAUGUAAUCAAAGCAAAUGCACAAUUUAUUUCUAUUUUAGUGAACCUUAUCGUGAAUAUACGUAACUCUAACAGUAACUUACUCGUGAAGUAAUAUUCGUUGAUCGUUAUUAAUAUUGUUAAUUCAUAUUUAUUUUUACUAGAUUAUGAUAUGUUUUCCUGUUUACACUGUUCAUAAAAAUAUUUAUUCUAGGGGUUUAGAUUUAAGAAAUUUGAGAAUCUCAUAUUUUCGAUUUUUUUAUUAAAUUGUACGGUACGGUAUUGUAUUCAUAAAUAAAUUCCAUUUUCAUUUAUUUAUUUGCUCAAAUACGACUUUGACGUUUCAAUUGUUCAAUGUUUGAAUUUUCAUUUUCAUUAAAUUAGAAACUAUUUUCAAAAAAAUGUUAGAUAAUUUAUUAUAUUCUGGAAUUCGUAUCAAUUUUAUACUAUAGCUUUUGUGUACUAGUAUUAAAGGAUGUCAGAGUUAGCCGGCCAUCGAAACUAGUAGUCUACUUAUUAUUUUUGUGACAGACCUAUGAUAUAGUAAUCUGGGGAAAAUUCCGUAAUUUUAAAAUUUUCUGAAGAAAAAACUGGGCUCUCACCGGUGAAAACAUUUUACUCAUAGCUCUUCAAUGUCAAGAGUAUUGCUAGUGUUCUCUUCCUGGCUGAGUAAACUUCUAAAGUUCAAUAAUUACAAUGUACUGACUGGCUCUUAUUCAAAAUAUUGAUAAAGUCAUUCAUAAUAUAUUGUAAUCGAUUUUAAUUCUUUGGCCGGAAAAUGUAAUGUCAAAUCGCAUCAAGUUACAUUACCUUCUUCUGUAGUUGGUGAUUUAAGGCUUGAAUUAAUUCGAAUCUUUAUUGCAAUCUUUAAUGAUAUAAGUCAUAGAGUGAUGCCUGCUUCAAAAUACCGUCUUUUAUUUUUAACCAAAUUCAUAUUUUAAUUUCCUGUGUGUUUUUGCCUAAAACUGUAUUAUGUUUAUGGAUGAAGUUACUCUUUGAUAUUUUGAAAUGUGUUACCUAUUGAUUCUCAAAUUUCCAUAUUAGUGAUAUUCUAAGACAUUUUUGAAGUUCCUGCUCUAGAAUUAUCUAUUAAUGUUUAUUUUAUAUAUUAAAAUGUCAAUGAUUCCACGUGGAAGAUAUUUGACAAUAAUUAUUUAGUUUGGUAAAACAAUUGUAUAUUGAUGUCAGUAACAUAGUCUGCAUUAAAUUCAAUGAUUUAUUAAUUUAUGUUAAUGGCAUGUAAUACGUAAAAGUUGAAAUUGAGCUCACAAUAGUUAUUGUUCUGCCAUGACAUACUUUAUUCUUCUCUACAUCUGAAACCCUAAUUUAUUGUUGCAUAUGCCUGUAACUACUAUACACUAUGUAUAGUAGCUAUGUAUAGCCUGUAACUAUAGCACUAUGUUUCUAUAUGAACUGGUCAUCCUGAUCAUGUUCUCAAAAAAGAUAGCAAUUACACAUUUUGAAGCAAAUACAUUUUAAUUUAUUAUAAUGUAUACUGUGUAAACUGUUGAUAAUUCUGAACCGAAUUUACUUUUGCAUAAGUUACUCUAUAUUCUGCAUUUCUGUCAAUUUUUUUGCAAGUUACAUACAUAAUGAAACUAGGUACUAAAUGCUGCGGUUAACGCAGCUAGAACAACACAUUUUAUUUAAUGAACAGAAUAGGAACUGUGCAAACUGCAAACCGAUUUUAGUGUAAGCUUCUGGUUAGUUGAUCUUAAUCAACAUAACUGUGCAUGCUGACUGUUAGCUGAUCCCACAAGUAGAGGGAAAUUCGAAGGGGGAACUUGAGGCGCCUUUUAAAAAAUACUAAAAAACAUGCUUAAAUUAUUAUUUUUCAAAUUUUGAUUCAAGACCCAAUUUGGCGAAGGCCAACAAUGCCAUAUUUCGUAUUCGAAUUUCCGGGCUUGAGGAGAAUCUCUUAAGAUUUAUAGUACCACACGAGCAAUUUUUCCUUCCCCUCAUGACCGCUCUUCACAUUUUCCGCCACUUGUACAAUCGCUUUAGACUUCCUAGAAAAAUGUUAGUCUAAAUCAUAACAUUCUUUAUUAAAGAAAUCUAAUACCGCAGAAUAGUAGUUUGAAAAAAUAGGGCAAUAACUACUACAUCAUCGCAAAAUCCACUCAAUUCAUAUGCAGCCUCAUACUCACAAUUCAUUCAAUACAUGUAAUAAUUCACUCUAGUUGGAAUAAUAGAGGUAGAGUAAUGUUUAUGAUAUAGAGAAAUUAAAGUAGUCGUAUGUUCGUUCUCCUUCUCAGAUGAAAACUUAGUUGCAGAUGAAAAAUCUGAAUGAUUCAAGUUACAUAAUGUCAAUAAUUUAUUUUAUGAAAAGUGUUUUCUUGUACCAUGGGCUUGACAAAUCAUGUUUGAAUCUACUUUUAUGAUAUUAAGAAAGUAAGCUAGUGAUAUUUGAAGUAUGUGCUUGUGAAAUCAAGGUUGAGUCUACUUUUAUGAAAGUAGCCUACGCAUGUACGCUAGUGAUAUUUGGAGUGCCUAGUAAUGAUUAAUAUCAUUUCACAGUAGUUUAACUUAUCUAAGAAUGCCGAUUAAAUUGUUAUUAAUCAUUCAUCUUCAGGAAAUAAAAUUUCUCUAUCAAAUUCAA